GGUUAGUUAUUUAUAAUUUUAUGGCACUUUCCUUUUUCCCCUUCAUAAUAACUUAAGAUAUAUUUUAUGUGUUUUAUCGGGGGUUUUUUAUAUUAUCAUUUUCUCCCGACGUUUUACAUGUUUUGCCAUCACCCUAAAAGUGCUGCUUGGGAGGGCCAAACAAACUACUUAACGUCAGCUUAUUGCAGCAAAGUGACAUCUGAAGAACUUAAAUAAAUAACUAAGUUCAUCGUCGGAAACUGAAGAACGUUCAUCUUGUGGGGAGUCUCCUACGACUCGGACAUUAUCAAAUGAUAAAAUAAAAUUGGAUAAUUGCCAUGCCGCGCCGCGUCGCGCCGCGCUACGUCACAACUUGCAGUCACAUCUUUGGGGUGUUAGAGCAAAGAUAACAUUAGUAGUGGUCGGCGUGCGCUCGCCGCAUGUUCAUAUUGACGAUAAAAACACACACUACUCGAAACAUCAAGUCGCUUUUGAGUUCGUUUUGCGUAUAAAAUUUUCAAUCUAAUAUGAAUUUCGAUGACAGUUCCGCAAAUAAUAUUGCUGUUUUGAAAAUAAUGAUAAAUAAUAAAAUAUAUUUUUGUGAACAAUAUUAAAUAAACAUUAGUGAAUACAAAAAGUACAGUGAAAUACAAUAAUAUGCCUAAAAAGAAGACCAUCAGAACACCGCAGCAAUUGUGGGAAGCUGUCUCUUCAAAAUCAGUGCAUUUUGUGGAAAGGUUGUUUUUCUCGCUUGGUGUUAAUGUUGCGAGACAUCCAUGGAAGACAAUAAUUGGAUCAUUGUUGUUUGUGUGUAUCAGCACUAUUUGUUUACUAAGAUUUCAUAUAGAAAGAAAUCCUUUAAACCUGUGGGUGCCUCCGGAUUCGGACUAUUAUUAUGACACGAACUGGUACAUAAAUACAUUUGGUACGGGAUUCCGUUUUCAAAAGGUGAUAGUGACAGCAGACAAUGUGCUCGAACCCGAUGUGCUACGGACUGUCUACAACAUCACCAACGCAAUAAACUCCAUUACAGUGACUCACGCCAGUGAAACAUAUUCUUUGUCGGAUUUGUGUUACAAAAUUCCAGUAGUUAACUUUUUUAGUAUGGAUACAAAUUCUAGAUCUGCAACGUCAAACGCUACGAACUCAGUGAACAAUACAGGUAGUAGUGGUAGUGACUUUUCGGACCCGACGUUAUGGGUCGAGGACGAGUUUUAUUGUAGUUUCUUAGAAAGUUUUCAACUUGCUUGUCUCCAACACAAUAUAUUAGACAUCUGGAAAAACGAUCUUAAUGUGAUUAGUAAUAUAAGUAAGGAUGAUAUUUUAACAAAAGUUAAUGAUGUAAAGACAAAUCCUGUAACGGGAUUUCCUGUAGAUUAUGCAAAAACGUUGGGCGGUAUCACAUAUGAUACAAAGGGAAACAUUAUCAGUGCUCGCUCCUUGAUGCUAACAUGGUUCACUCAAGUGAACAUGUCAGAGGUUGAUUUAAACGAGGUUGGAAAUUUAGUCGGCACGGAAGAUUGGGUGUCGGUUCCUUUAGCGUCAUGGGAAUCUGAAUUUUUAAGAAUAAUGAAAUCAAUAUCUGACAAUAAAUCGGACAUCAAAAUAUUCUAUGAAGCUGGGCGCAGUUUUGCUGAUAUAAGCGGCGAAGCGAUGUUUCACGAAUUAGAUAAAUUAUUUUUAGGCAUUUUAUUAAUGUUUUUCUAUAUACAAUUUGCUCUAUCACGGUGUAACUGGCUAGAAAUUAGAUUGACUUUAGGCAGUGUAGGGUUACUCAAUGUGGGUCUGGCGUACGUUUCAGCUGUCAGUUGGUGCUCUUUGUUCGGUGCCUCUUUUGGCCCAGUACAUUCAUCUUUACCAUUUCUCCUAAUGGGCCUCGGUAUAGACGAUAUGUUUGUAAUGAAUGCCUGCUGGAAAAAUCUUUCAGAGGCUGAAUCCAAGAAAAGUUUGCCAGUAAAAGUAGGCCUUAUGUUGAAACACGCUGGCGUUUCUAUUGUUAUUACCUCGUUUACUGACGUAGUGGCUCUACUUAUCGGUGCUAUUACAAUAUUACCCUCCUUGAAGUCUUUCUGUAUAUACGCCGCAGUGGGUGUGUUUUUUAUAUUCUGUUACUCUGUAACGUUUUAUGUUGCUGUUUUUACAUUAGAUGUAAUGAGAAUAGAGGCUAAACGCAAUGGUAUUCUUUUUUGCUACAAGCAUACAAAAGAAAUUCGAAUUUCAACCGAAAAAACGAUAUUGCAAAAAAUGUUUGAAUGUUUUUAUAAAAAUGUUGUUUUCACUAUACCAGGGAAAGUAUUUACUAUUCUAUUUACGUGUAUCGUUACGGGAUUUAGCAUUCAAGCUGUAUUACGUUUAGAACAAAGAUUUGAUCCCAAGUGGUUUAUUCCAGAUGAUACAUAUUACAAACAGUAUCUCGAUGCUGUCGAUCGAUAUUACCCUGAGGAAGGUCACAUGGCUCUAGUAUUUUUAGGCGAUCUAAAUUAUACACGUGAAUUACCAAAUCUACAUAAUAUGAUGUCAGAAAUAAGCAAAAAAUCUUACGUUACUGAUGUGGUUGCUUGGGAAGAAUAUUUUCAAAAAUACGUUUUAUCAAAUUAUGGUCGUGAUUUAAGAAGCGGUAAUAUAACAGAAGCGGAAUUUAAUGGAUACUUAUCGAGAUUUUUGUACAGUCCGGUUGGAGGAAGAUUUCAAGUUAAUUUUAAGUUUGAAAAAAACUUUCAAUGCGGUGAGCCUGCGACGCGAAUUCUAGGAUCCACUAUGAAUUUCAAUUUUGCAAAAUUUAAAGGACCUGAAGAAUAUAUACCGGCAAUGAAUAAAGUUAAAGAUAUUGUUAGAGAAACAAAUAUUACCACCGGUAACCGUUAUCACAGCGUCUGGUCAAAAGUUUUCGGUAAUUGGGUAACUGAUGAGAUCAUAGCCGUUGAAGUAGAGAGAAAUAUAGAAUUAGCCUUAGUGUGUGUAAUGGUCUGUACAGUGAUAUUGAUAACGAACCUACAAAUGUGCUUGUGGAUAUUUAUUUGUGUAGCGCUAACUAUCCUCAAUGUGUUAGGUUGGAUGCAGCGAUGGGGCAUGACUGUAGAUAUAGUAUGUUGUAUUGGCUUAGAACUUGCUAUAGGAUUAUGUGUAGACUACGCAGCCCAUGUCGGCCAUACAUUUUUAACUGUUACAGAAGGUUCUCGUAAUGACAGAGCUUUUAAAACAGUUACCUCGAUAGGUACAGCCGUUUUACUGGGAGGUGGGUCUACGCUUCUCUCAUUAUCUCUUCUUAGUAUGUCGAAAGCAUACACUUUCCAAUCAUUCUUUAAAAUUUUCCUUCUCGUAAUAUUGUUCGGUCUAUUUAACGGAUUAAUAUUCUUGCCAGUUGUUUUGUCAUUGAUAGGGCCAAGCGCGUAUAAUUCAAAUGAAAAAGAUAAGGACACUAUAAUAGAAACAGCAGAACUUAAUGGGAAACAUGAAUUCAAUACAAAGCAGAUAGAUGACGGAUGAGGCAAGUUAAUACCAUGACAUGGUACAUUACAGUAUAUUCACCGUAAAGUGCUUUAACUAUAUUUAUAUGCCUAAUUGAUUAUUUAAGCAUGAAUAAAUAUAUCUCCUACUAUUUAAUAAGUUUAGAAUAUUUUCAAGAUUAUUAAUAAUAUUCUAUAUUUUGAAAAAGUGUACAUACUGUAUACAUAUAUAAUAUGAAAGUGCUGUUACGUCAUGAUUACAUAAGGUUAGGUAUUAUAAUACAUAUUUAGAGUUUUGUGAUAGAUAAUAAAAUUGCCUUAUCACUUUACGAUUGCAUAAAAUUGGGUUUCAAUCACGCUACUCAUUUAUGAAAUAGUGUAAUUAAAUGAAUUGUUAUUAGGUCAAUUAGUGUAUUAUAUUGGAAUGUAUUAUUCAUUUAUAUUUUUACUAUAGUUGAAUAUCUUAGACUACGAGUCCGAGUAAUCUAAAUGAAGUAAGAACUAGUGGAUAGUGUUUUAUCACAUACUUAAUAAUUCUUCACGAUCUUUAUUUUUAAUCAUCCAAAUAAAAAAUGUAUCCCAUCCACUUUUUGAAAGGUCACCCGGCUAAAUCGAGAGAGGAAGUAUAUAAUUUAUAUCCGUUAUUCAGAGCGUUGUAUUAUAAAUUCUAUUUAUAGUUGUGAUUUUCGCACAGAUAGGACUUUUUUGGUGCAAUAGUUUAAAAAAAACAUUAUCAAUCUUUUAUUUAAAGGUCAAAGAUGUUAAUCAUAAAGUUGAUUCAUAAUAAAUCACAUGAAUUAAACAUAAACAUAGCUUUUAAACCAGACUGCAUCGAACAACAUAGCAGGUACACUAUUCGAAUCAUAUUGACGCAGGAACUAAUAUUAAGAGGUUUGUUAUUUUUAUGUUGGAAUUAUCUAGUGAUAAUUCCAAUAAAUAUAGUUAUUUGCUCAGAAAUUUAUAAACUUAGUCCAUGAAUUAUCACAUUGGUAAAAAUAUAUAUAAACGCAAUACAUUUACUUACAGAACAAUCUGAUGAGAUCUUUUACUGGCAGUCUGAUUUUGUCUACUGACAGUCCAAUACAGUCAAUCAUCUAAAAAAUACUUUUAGACAUAUAAGAUAUACUGUGUACUGUUUUAUAAACAAAUAAAUCUAUUAAUGUACUAAUCUCAUCAAAAUAAUUUAUGUUAUGAUUAACCUGUUUGUUCAUUUUGUUCUACAUUUACGUUUUUGUAAAUAAAUAAGCAUUUAUCACAUAACUGUAUAUUAUAUUGGUCGUUUAUGAGUAAUAUCACAUCUAGCUUUAAUAAAUGUAAAUAAAUUCCUAUAUUAUCAUAAAUGACAUAGCAUUGGUUAUUAAUUUUCAAGGUACCACUAGAUAUUAAGUAUAUUCGUGUUUUCGCGCAGUUUCUCAAAAUUAUACAUAUUAUAUUCUAUCAGAAGGAAAUUAUAACAUUUCAAGUUUGAUUUGAGAAUUGAUUGAUUAUGAUUUGAACCUGUUUAUUACGGCGCUUCGAUUUAUUGAAAAUUUUAAUUUACCAAAUUAAGGCGCUCCAAUUAAGGCACGCUAAUUGUAUUUUAUGUGGGUUUUAGAAGCUAUCUAAUCGAAAUUUCUAACUCAUAGAUAAAAAGAAAUUAAACAUCAUAUAACUACAAUAUGUUAUCUUUACUUUGGUUGUUAUUUUUUUUUAUAAUGUAGAUAUUGUUUAUUCAUUUCAUAAUGAAAUUUCUACUAAAAUUGAUUGAUUGUCACUAAAAAUUUCAUGCAUCUGUUUAUAAAGUAGGUAGGUAUACAUUAUUUUGAUUGCAAGCAACACUAUUAGAUACACAUUUCAAUAAAGAAGAUUUUGGUCGUUUAAAAUUUUCAAACAGACCCAAAUUGUUUUUUUUGAAUAAAUUAUUUGUAUAUUUCCGCCCGUUACUCAUGCGCCAUAAAAUAAAUUUAACGAAUACAUAAGCCCGUUGGCUCGUGGGAGAGUCUUAAGUUAUAUAUAAUUUCGAGGAACAAAAUGAAUUCACGGAUGUAAUAAUAAUAAAAAUAAGUUUGUAGCAAAUGUUAAUCUAAAAAUAAAGUUAGAUAUAUAUGUUUGAUAUAUAUCUACUAAACUGGAUUGACUCAAUGAUACAUUAUCUGUAGCUAAAUAAAUUCAGAGUUACUUGUCCUCAGAAUUUAUUAAUCUUUAAUUUAAUUUAUCUUUAGUUUAUCUAAUGAGUUUUUGCGAGUUUUCAUUGAUGCUUUCCGGUGCCUAAUUUGUCCUAAGUCCCGAGUCCGACAUAACCUACUCGUCCGUAUUCCUUACGUAUUAUGGUCGUUAUAUGCUCAGCGCCAAAAGAAUGUAUUGACAGGAACACAUUUCAAAUUAAUUGAAUUGUAAAAUGUACCUAACAUAUUAGGUCUUUAUCCACGAACACAUUCAUUUGAGGCUGACUGUACCCAUAUUGUUGUACAGUUGUGCUGUCGAGGUGCUAUUUAGAAAAUGGCCCCUGUCCCGCCUGAUAAGCCAAAAAUUUUAUGAUAUAUACAUAUUAUGCAAUCUUCCAAUAACUCGUACUUGAAUAUUAAUAAAUAUAAUUGUCAACUUAGGUACUUAAGAAUACAUACUUAUGUUUAAAAUUCAAAAAUGUAUGUAUUUUUAUAAAAAAGGAAAUGUCUUCUAACGGUAGAAUUUUGCAAAGUUGUAAGAUAAAGCGAAGCAUAAUGUUAUAAGUGAUGAGUACAGUAAAUUGUGUUCAUUUAAGUAUAAUGCAAACAAAAUAUGAUGUUAUUCAUUGUUUUUAACAAAACAAAUUCUGGUUUUGAAGUUAUGCGAGCUUUUAAGGCUCUUAUCAUACUGGCAAAUUGCGAAUGAAUCGACAGCGGAGCGGACGCGUAGCGAACUCACUGCGACUUCGCAGCGAACACGUCGCGGGUGCAGAUGCGUUUCACAGACGUCAUUUUGGAUACUCAUACAACAAUCCUUUUUUCCGAAGUAUAACAACUCAUAAAAAUAAAUACUGACAUUCGCAUCUUGGAGCAAAAUUUUCGUUCGUUUGCAAAAUAUCACUUGAUAAUCAGUUUUUAUUUGUUUGUAAAAGAAAACAUAGUAAACAUUGUCUUCCAGUAAAUUCGUUACAAAUUUUCUUGAAAGAUUUCGCGUUAAUUUUAACUGACUUAGAAUGAAUAAAGUUAACAGCACUGUUUCCUCGUCGGAAUCCAUUCUGUUGGUGACUGGCCAAAUCGCGGUAUGUGCGCACAGCGUGUUCGCUGCGCAUUCGCUGUACUUCCACUACGCAUCCGUGGCGUGUUUAUUACGAAUUCGCUAUGUCUUCUCUCCGCAAUGAAAUUGAUCCCAAUCCGCCAGUGUGGUAGGUCUCUAAGGUGGGGGUGUCAAAGGUGUGGGCUCUCUUAUUAUUAAGUAUAUUUGUUUAAAAUAGGCUUACCAUUUUAUACUUAUAAAUACCGCGUCGAAAUUUAGAGCAAGUUUUAUUUUAUACAGUGUAACAAUAACAGCAAAAGUAAAAUCCAUAAAAAAUGCCACAUCACAAACAGCAUAAUUUUGUAAAAAACAAUAAUAACUUUGACCGCUGAUCUCAAUGAUAUAACUGUCCGUUAGUAAACUGAUCAAAUUAAAACCAAUCCACUUAUAUCACUUGUAUUCAUGUUUAUUUUAUUGAUUUCAUAAUGUAAAUUAAUAUUUGAUAUUUAAAAUUUAUAAAUAAAACAAAUGGCGUCAAAGAAAAUACAUUAAUGGCCAGUAUAAUGUAGACUUAGAUUUACUUUUAAAUUGUCAAAAUGAAUAUAUUACACAAGAAGCUUAGGUGUAAGCUUCUUGAUGCUGUACCUCAUGGAAUUGCAAAUUAGUCCAUAUAAUAUGGGACAGUUAUAGAUUUGUCUGGAUUGCCCGAUAUUAAAAUCCCUCUUAUGAUCCAUAUUUUUGAUUGUAUCAGAUCCACCGCAUGGAAAAAUCACUUGACCGCUGAGAAAUACAUACAUAUAUACCUCCAUUUUACGAAUAAGUAAACAUAUAAUCAGGUGAUAAAUUAUUAUAGUCUACUCGUUAUGCCUCAUUUAGACUAUUGGCGAAUAAUUCGCACCAAUAACUUUGCGAAUAUUUUUUGCACGAAUACGACUAUGAAUUAUGAGUGAAUACACCCGAAUAAGCUGUUUACCCACUCGUGUUCGUGACUAUUCGUCUGUACUCGACAAAUGCCAGCUGUUAAUUCUUAUCAGAUCGGUUUAUUCCAAUGUAAAUAUUAUAUUAAGCUGUGUCUAUUGUAACUAACGCGUGAUAAUAAAACUGUCAAUUACUAGAAGUCAGUGAUAUUAUUAAGUAUAUUGUUGCGUUAAAAAUACCUCAAAAUAAAGUAUGAAAUUUA